AUGAACCGCGAGGGGGCCUCCGGGAAGAGUCCGGAGGAGAUGUACAUUCAGCAGAAGGUCCGAGUGCUGCUCAUGCUGAGGAAGAUGGGCUCCAACCUGACGGCCAGCGAGGAGGAGUUCCUUCGCACCUACGCGGGGGUGGUCAACAGCCAGCUCAGCCAGCUGCCCCAGCACUCCAUCGACCAGGGUGCGGAGGACGUAGUGAUGGCGUUUUCCAGGUCGGAGACGGAGGACCGGAGGCAGUAG